AUGAGAAGGUCCAAUAGGGUUUUUUUUUUGUUAUGGCUACUGCUGCCCAUACUAAACGUAUUUCUCUGCUAUGCUACAGCUGCUGGUACAAAUGGUAUUUUGACAACCAUUACCGAUUGCUUUCCUAAUAUGGUGGUCUCCCCCAGUCAAACAACACAACACUGCGAGAUGGACAAUGCCAAUGUUUUAAGUACCUUGGCUCUUACGGUUGGGUAUUUCCACAAUGGUGGACUCAUUCCUGGAUGGCCAGCUUCUCUUGUGGAGGGAACAAAUCUCAUUACAUUUCUGCCAAUUACUGGAGUUGUUUCAGGGGAUAUGAGUCUUGUCAUUGUGAACUAUGUUCAGGGAAAGGGUUCUAUUCCAGUGACGAACAACUUCACCAUGAGUUUUGUAUACCCUUCCACGACAUUAGCAUCAUUUACUUCUAACAGUGCCUAUUAUGGGUUGAAGAGAAUGGUGCGGACAAAUUUCCCAAAUAUCAAUCCCAUUCAGAACUACCUGCUGGUUCCUCCUCAGUCAGACUGUGAUGCCAUGGCAAAAAACUGCAUUGCUGCUACUGGAUGCUACAAAUUGGCGAUUUCUGCACCCCUUCCUAUUCCUGGGAACUAUUCACUCUGCUUAUCCGCGAGUGGAUGGCGAGGCCACUACUUGCCGUGGGGUGGAAUUCCCCUCGAAGUGAGGGGGCUGGUGCCAAACGAGCUGUAUAUGAACACUCUCGGGAAAAACACACUGUUGCUCCAGGACGCAGUGACAGGUGCGAAUGUGACUGACAUGAACAGUGUGUUCCUGGUGAAGUGCCCACACAGUGGGUGUGUUCACGAGAGACACUAA